GGGGCCGGGGUGGGCGGGCGAGCACCGGGGCGGCGGCUCGGUGAAGGGGGCAGCGCUGCGGGCUGGACGAGCCGCGGGAGGAAUGCGCCUUUCCUCCGGGGAGUCGGGCCGGCAAAACUUUUUGCAGUUGUGUGAAAGCCUUUGCGGCGGUGCCGCAGCCCCGGGCCGUGCCCGAGAGCGGAGCGGCGGCGCCCGGAGCGCAGCCCGAGCCCGGCGGGGCAGCGCCGCCGCUGCCGCCCCGUGCCGGAGCCGUGGCGGUGUGCGCGGACACGGACACGCGCGUCCAAAUUUUAAGCCUGCCCUGAUUAAGAUAAGCAUCUCUGCUUUGGCUGCAGAAGAGAAGACCUGGAGAAGAAAUUCCUGCCAGGACAAGUGACAUGCCAGGAGCUAUGGGAUGUCCUAUCCUGCAUCUCGUGCCUGGUGUGGACGGGGGCAGCACCACUGAGGUUUCAGCUGCAUAGCUCUGUCUCGGCUGUACAGCUCCCCUGAGACCAGGGGAAUUCUGCUGGGAGGAUUUCAGGUGAAGGUGUGAAGAAAACCCCUGUCUGCAAGGCCCUGGUGUUGUAAGUGCUUUUUGCAACAGGCUGGAGCAGACGGCCCAGUGCUGCAUCUCCCCUUCGAAGGGCUGGGAUGUAAACUAGCUCCAGUUCAGCUUCCAUUUGGAAUCUCCAGAGUCUGCCCUGUGACUCUGAGACCUCAGCUGGAUGCUUUUCUACUCCUUCUCAUCUUAUCUCGACACCUCAAGACAUCUCAUUCAAAAUCGUUUGUCAUUUGAGCUCUGCUGUGGGACAGAUGCAGGGGCUCUAAUCCAGGAUGAACGAAUGCUACUAUGACAAGCGCAUGGACUUUUUCUACAACAGGACCAAGACAGACACCGCGGAUGAGUGGACAGGACCACAGCUCAUCGGCGUUCUAUGCUUUGGGACAUUUUUCUGCCUCUUCAUUUUUAUUUCAAAUUCGUUGGUCAUAGCAGCUGUGGUGAAGAACAAGAGGUUUCAUUUCCCCUUUUACUAUCUUCUGGCCAACUUGGCAGCUGCAGACUUUUUUGCAGGCAUUGCCUACGUCUUCCUGAUGUUCAACACCGGCCCGGUGUCCAAGACGUUGACGGUGAACCGCUGGUUUUUGCGGCAGGGUCUGCUGGACACCAGCCUGACGGCGUCCCUGGUGAACCUCCUGGUCAUCGCCGUGGAGCGCCACAUGUCCAUCAUGCGGAUGAAGAUCCACAGCAAUCUCACCAAGAAGAGAGUCACCUUCUUAAUCAUAUCAAUCUGGGCCAUUGCUAUCUUCAUGGGUGCUGUUCCGACCCUGGGUUGGAACUGCCUCUGUGACAUUACUGUCUGCUCAUCCCUGGCACCCAUUUACAGCAGAAGUUACCUGGUGUUCUGGAGUGUCUUAAACCUGGUUGUCUUCUUCAUCAUGGUGGUGGUUUACAUAAGAAUCUACAUGUACGUCCAGAGGAAAACCAACGUCUUGUCAUCACACACCAGCGGGUCCAUCAGCCGGAGGAGAACCCCUGUGAAACUUAUGAAGACUGUCAUGACUGUCUUAGGUGCCUUUGUUGUCUGCUGGACCCCUGGCCUGGUCGUCUUAUUGCUUGAUGGCCUGAACUGUACUGACUGUGGGAUUCAGAAUGUUAAAAGGUGGUUUCUUCUCCUGGCCCUGCUGAACUCUGUCAUGAAUCCAAUAAUUUAUUCAUACAAAGAUGAUGAGAUGUGGGCUACCAUGAAAAGGAUGAUUUGCUGCUCCUCUGAGGAUAAGAGCCAGGAGAGACGCUCGUCUCGGAUCCCCUCGACAGUUCUCUGCAGGAGCACGGAUAUCUCAGGCCACUACAUUGAAGAUGGCAUUAUCCAAGGGACAAUUUGUGGAAAAGGAGAUCUUGGUGACAAAGGAAACUCCUGAGCAAUGCAAAGGACUGACUUGGCUGGAAAAGGAGAGGGGGAAGGGAGAGGUUUUGUAAGAGGAGAUUGACUGGCAAAGCCAGUAAACAAUGUAUCCACUUUGUUCCAGAGCCUCAACUCCAGUGUUAACAAAAGUUCUUAUAAAUAAUUGCCCGAUGGAAAAACACUUUGUAAUGAAGAAAACUUUCUGUGCUGCCAUCCUUUUUGUCUUUCAAGUACAUGAAAUUGUUUUUUCAUGUGAAUGGAAUAAAUACCUCUCGGAGACUUCUUGUGCAUGGAAACAAAAUGUAAGCAAUGUGGAGAGACCCUCCUUAAGCUCCUACAGAGAGAAGAAACCUGCCUGACUGUGCAGGUUUGGCAUUCAUUGAGUAUUUAUGCUUUGAAUAGUUUCUGUGCAUCUUGAGGAAGGUUGGAGGUUUGGUUGGGCAGAAUUGUGACCUGUUUUCUUGGUUUGUGAAGUUCACAAAGUCAUUCAUGCUUACCUAUUCUCUUCCUCCUUAUCUUGCUUUCAAAAUAAGUAGUUUGGUAGUUUAUUAAAGCUAUGCCAGAAACCUGGCUGUGAUGAGAGACCCAGAGCAGGCGUCAGUGUGAGUAUGUCUGACCAUGGAGUGUCAGGAUCUGAGAGUACAGAAAGCACAAAAGCCAUUAUUUCUUCCAAAGUAGGGUGAGUGCUGCAGGCAAAGACAGUGCACUCUGCUGCUGUUGUGUAGGCAGGCACUGAGGGUGGAUUAACAGAAAAGCAGCAAGGCUGGGUUCAUCAUGCUCAUUUCUCACUUCCCUAGAUAAUUUUAAAUGGGUGUGCUCGCUCCUCUUUACCUGCUAUGCCACUGAAAGAAAUGAGAUUCAAAACUCUGGUUUGCAAGGGAACUUUUAAGGGAAUUUUAAAUACCCAUAUGUCCAGGUCCAAUCAAACCAUUUAAAAUAUAAAUUAAUUUACAGGCAAAAAAAAAGUCUGAAAUCAAUUUAAGCCUAUAGUACAGUAUGUAUUGAUUGUUGGACCUUGUCUGGACCAUAUUUAAUCUCCAAUUUGUAAAGAGAUUUUACUGGAACAGGUACAUGAGGAAGAAACCAUGAAACAGCAAGUGAUGGAGGGCUUUCAGCAUCGUGACUGAUCCAAUUUAGUGCUGAUGCAGCCACAAUCCAAACAGCUGGAGUUCUAACCUAUGGACUAUGCUCUAACAGAGGGCCCAGCAAUCCAAAGCUCUAGGGUAAACUUCUUAUAUUUAAAGUUUCAAAUUAAAAACUGAACUGUAGAUUUCUCAGUACUCUAAAAAGCUGGUUCAUGCUGUCUGGUUUCAACAGCAAUGAACUCCCUGUUGCCAUUUUUUGUUCAAGAGGAGUUUCUUGUGUUGUCUCCUAGAGAAAGUCUGAUCCCUGGUAUUAAGGCAGAUGACCACAACCAGAGGUCAUUUGGAAAAGUUUUGGAAGUUUUGACCACUUGGAAUCUUCAGAGAGCAGUGCCAAGAGCCAACACCAAGGACAUAUUUUAUGAAGCUGAAAGAUAAAGUUCAGCUGUGGUUUGGACCAGUUCUUCCUUUGGUGCCACUUGCAUACGGAUAUCUGGACUGUGUUGGUCAAAGCCCUUGGCUCAAAGGCUGAGCAGAUGAUUUGCAGAAUGCACUGGGGGCUUCACAGCAGCCCUGAGGAUGUCUUACCAACACAACAAGGCCCUUUUCAGAGAGCUCUCCCAUAACAUGCAUUAUCUUAUAGGGAUGUGGCCCAGUAUUCAAGGUAGAUGCUGUAUUUGAGUGAUGCUAAAAAUGUUUACACAUUUUUUGCUAUUAUAAUGCAUUUUUUUUGUGCAAAUACUACUUCACUGCUUUGGUGUUCUGAAAAGCAUGUAAAGUGGUGCUUUGUGGAAGUGGUGGUGUGGUGGGUUGAGCCUGGCUGGAGACCAGGUGUCCACCAAAGCUGCUCCCUCACUCCUCUCCUCAGCUGGACAGGGGAGAGAAACAAAACAAAAGGCUCAUGGGCCAAGAUAAGGACAGGGAGAGAUUGAUCACCAAUUAUAGACUUGGAGAAAAAUUAAGUUAUUACCAAUCACAUCAGGGUAGGAUAAUGGGAAAAAAACCCAGAUUCUUAAUACUUUCCUCCCAUCCUAUGAUUUUCCUGGGCUUAGCUUUACUCCUGAUUUUGUCUAUCUCCAUUCCAUAAUGGUGCAGGGGGACAGAGAAAGGUUCAUCAGUUGUUGCCACUCCUUCCUCCUCAUGGUGAGGUUUUUUCACGCUCUUCCCCUCUCCUUUGUGGGGUCCCUCCCACAGGAGACAGUUCUCAAAUUUCUCCAACAGUGUGGGUCCCCCAUGGAGUCACUACCAGCAAACCUGCUCCAGCACGGGCUUUCCAUGUGCUCACAGCCUCCUUUGGGCAUUCCCCUUCUCCAGCGUGGGAUCCUCCACAGGCUGCAGGUCGAUCUUUGCUCCACCAUGGGGCCUCCAUGGGCUGCAGGGGAAGCUCAGCUCUGGCCCCUGGAGCACCUCCUGCCCACCUUGGUGUUGGCACAGUUGUUUCUCUCACAUUCUCACUCUCCUCUUCAGCUGCAGUUGCACGGGUUUUUUCCAUCCAUCUUAGAUACAUUAUCCCAGACCCGCUGCCAGUGUUGCUGAUGGACUCAGUUUGGGCAGGGCUGGGUCUGCCUUGGAGCCAGCUGGCAUUGGCUCUGUCAGACACAGGGAAGUUUCUGGUGCCUUCUCACAAAAGCCACCCCUGUACCCCCUGCCCCAUGCUCCUACAAAAACCUUGCCCUGCACACCCGCCCCAGGUGGCCUUGCAAAGGCACAGCCUGUGAGCACCCCUGUCCCUGCAGCUACUGCACUGCACACCUUGUCUGAACCGGCCUGAAGCUCUGUAUGCAAACCUAAUAGAAAAUAAAAUGGUACUUCACAAUGGGAGUCUUGGUUUGCUUCCUGUUUGAAUGGUGACUGAGCAACGAUGGGGAAAUGUUGUUUCACGUUACUGUGGGUCCAGGGUGGGGGUGGGGGUUGUUUUAAUAAAAUUUUCCUAUUUACUAGCAAUACUAGCCAUGUAUUGCUUGGUUAAAUCAGGCCCUGAAGAGAGCUUGGGUGAAGAUCUUGAGCAUCUGCAGCAGGGGAAAAAACAUUAGGUCUCUCCCGCAGAGCUUGGGAUUUAGGAUGCAAAAUAACUAUCUGUGAAUGAUAUUUUCAGGUAAGCAGGAAAAGGUGACUUCUGUGAAGGUAAAGGACUUAGGUUUUUUUAUAGCACCUCGUCCUGUGGACUCCUGGUCUGGGUUAAGGUCUGAGAGGUAUUACCAAUCAUUCUGCAACAAGUAAGUGGGAGGGUUUGAGGUCUCUUAUCCUUUCUGUUGUCUAAUUAAAAAAAAAAAAAAAAAGAAGAAGAAAAAUACCCCAAAGGCUUUCAAUAAAACAAACCCCCAAAGCCAGCAGACUAGUGCUUGAAGAAUGGUACUAUUUGCCCUCUGUUGCUGCAGGAUGCUUUCCUUGGAGCUGCUCCCUCCUGGUCUACUGCUAUAAAUUGCAAUGUGACAUGACUGGAACAGGAAACUGAUCUUGCAUCAAACUUUCCUAUGAACUGCUACAGCACAGGCUGUGUAAUGUUUCCAAUAUCAAACUGUCUAAACAUCUACCUACUCACAGAGCAGGGAAUUCCUUAUUAACUCCAUAAACAUUUGUCAGAACAGUUUGUCUCAAGGAAACCAUUAAAGCACAAUUUAUACUUGAGUAGAAAAAAGAAAUAAUUAAAAGAAUGAAGGGCAGUCGGUGAAGGCAAACUCUGUGGGAUUCCCUUGUUCCCUUUUUCACGAAUAUCCCCAAAUAUCUGACUUAGCAUGUGGCUGCUCCUAUUUAUAUAUGUCAGUGUACAUUCUGCUGGUGAAGGCUUCAGGGUGAACACUCACAGAAACCCCAGGACAUUAGUUCAUAGGAGGCAGAGGAAGGAAAGGGAAGAGUUACCAUUAAAUCAGAUAGUUUUGAGUAUCUGCAUUUUCCUGGUGGUGCUGCAAGUCUUCCUGCAUCUGAGAGCCUUGAGAGCUGCUGUAUUGCAGUAAGUAGUAAGCAGAUACUUCUAAGACAUUUUCAUAGCAAUUGUGGUUUGAAAACCUUUGUGAUAUUCUCCUCUUCUUUUCUCUCUCCAGCUGCUCCCAAACCAAAGCUGCCUUUCCAGUUGAUCACUGGGUCCAGGAAGAAACGCUCCAUGGCUUUUCCCAGGGCAAAGACGUAUGGUCUGUCCUCUGUGAUUUGCUCUCCUGUAAAGCCUGUGUGGUCACGAUCAUUAGAGAUGCUUUGCAGAGAACUAUUAUUAAAAGCUGGGAACAAUGAGGUUUUAUUUUACACGAUAGAUCUUUUGAAUCUUUCUGGAUAAGCAGCUAGACUGAUCAUUGUUUACUAGCUGUGUGCGUGGGAGAGAAGUUUCCCUGCUAUCUGUGCUGUCAGUUUGCCCUAGGUGGUGUGGGUGAUGAGUCCCUCUGGGACAGCAGCCAGAUUGCUAAAGCUUGAGUGCCUCUAGAGCAUGACCCUUCCACUACUUUGGGGCUGCUUUACCAUGACUAUUUUCCCUCUGUAUAGGUUUUCAUGAGACUUUUUACUUUUUUUUUUUCCCAUUAAUUUCUGCAGACUGGUGAAAUACAUCUCUAUUUGUGCAUAUGACAGCUUGUGAAUUUAUUUGAACUUCAAUUAUUACUGCAGCUAUGUGGUGGUGUCUUUCUCUGAGCAGAUCUUUGUUUUAUACAUAUUUGUAUAUAUUUUUCCCAUAAAACUCCUCUUCCAAGUAGCAAUGAACUAUAGGAGCAAUAUUUCUGAUACAAUUCUUUCACAGUUUUAGUGAGCUCUGCAUGAAAUUUCUAAACUAUUGCUUAAUGGAAGAUGAUAGAGGAAGGGUCCUUUUGAGCUUGAUAUAUUUCUUAUGCUUUUUCCCUGUGGUUCUGGUUACAGGCCACUAUCCAAGCAGAUGCAGGGCAGGAUAAGCCUCUGAUCCUGUCCAAAGCAAUGGUUGCUUGCAAGAUUAGAGCAAAAAAAAAUGUUAUAAAGAAGCGGGUAGGGAUAUUCUGUUAUUUAUCCCAGCCUAUAAUUCUAAUUAAAUCACUUGAAAGAAGUGAUCCUACUUUCCCCCUUGCACCCACUCCUACUUAAGCUGGCACAGCCAUUUGAGAGGCCAUAGUGUGAACUGUAGCAGGUCUGAAAACCAGCCCUGAAUGUCACAUUUUGCUAGUAACUACAGAAGAUUUUUUAUUUGUUAUGAGCCAGCAGCUGCAUUAUUUCCUCUGCUUGCUAUGUGGAGUCACACAUAUGACUUUUUUUCUAGAAAUCUUUGAAAAACACAGUCCUCCUUAAAUGCUAUACUUUGCAGUGACUAGGCAUGCUUCUAUCAGGGAAAAAGAAAAAAAUCCAUCUGGGAAUGAGGAAUUAGGUCAUGAUAGUUUCUCUCCACCCACAAGGUUUUUUGGAGGAUAGGGAAUUUAGACUCAUAUGCUUUCAGCCAUUAUUCAAAACAUCCUGCUUAUCUUUCAAGUACCAUUUGGUCCCUGGCUUCUUUUGUACAGAUUUUUGUAGCAUUGAGAGUGUUUUUUCAUUGCAGCAGGCAAAAGCAUCUGUUUCCUUCCAACCCCUUAGAAGUGCUACUUUGCAGCUCACAGGUAUGCUAUUGUGAAUUGUCCUGUACAUGCACCCAUGCAUCUCCUCCUGUGUGAGCUGAGGUGGAUCAAUAUUUAAACUACCCUCUGCUGUACUUACCACAGACAGCUGUGUUAGGGACAGCUUUUUCUCCUGAAUUAGCCUUUACUAAAAUCCCAAUUGUGCACUUCAGAUUCUGAUACAUGGCCCUGUAAGAAAGUCAACAUGCAGAAUAAGAAAAGCAUAAAUCACUUGUUAAUCUGUUCUCAGCAAUAGCUGUAUUUUAAUAUAAACAUUAAUUUCAUUAAAAUAAUGGAUAUGGCUUAACUUCUAUUAAAAAAACUGAAAGAAAUAAACAAAAACUCCCAUUAAAAAAGGCUAUGGUGAACAAAAAAACCCUCACCAAACUCAACAAUAUGCAUAUCUCUAGGCCAGGAGUAAGUCAGCACACUUACCAUCCCUGAACUUUAGUUUGCCUGACUUGCUUUGACAUAUAUGAAAAGAAGGAAUUCUUGUUUCUGAGCACAAGUAAUUGCUUAGAGGUUUGGUAUAUGUCCUCCUGAGGAUGUGCCUCUUAUCUAGACAGGUUCUUUAGCUUUUCUCCUAAAGCUUCUGUUGAAGGUGCUGGGAUACUGGCCUGGGAGCAUUCUCUCACCCAUUGUUGCAUUUCAUAUAUGUAAUAGUUAAGAAUAUGUAUCUACUGUAUUGUCUCUAAAUGUUAAUAUUCUUUUGCUUAUGCUAAAGACUCUCACAGCUCUGUAGCACUAAUUUUACCCCCAGGUUCCAUUUGUAUUUAUGCAAACAAAUGCUUGGUGUGUUGGCUUUACUUAGAUUUGUGUUAGCAGUAUGCUCAGUUGCUAAAGGAUGUCAAAACGCUCAGAAAUGAAAAGGCUUGAUCUCCAGAGAUGGAAAUGUUAUUAAUGCUGAAAUGAUUCUAUUCAAAUCCCAGUGAAUGCAUCAGUUGUUAUGAAUGUUAGUGUAUCGGUUUGUGCAGUGCACUCUGUGGUGCUGGGCUGGGAUUUUCCCACAGGUAUGAAUGAGUUAAUUUAAUGAGAAAUGAGAGGGUUUGUGCCUGUAGGGACAAAGGACAGGUCAGUGGUGAACUUGCUCACCCCUGUGCUCUAAGUCUGUGCAUGGUGACACUGCUGUCAGUGGCCCCUUCCCUGUGAAAGGAGCCCUGUGAGUGUCAGCAGUUGUGAGCUGAAGACAUUUAAUGGUGUGGUUUUGAUGGAAAGUCCCUGCUAUAUGGGAGACCAUCCCCAUAGCAAGAGGCUGGCUGACAAACACACCUCCCCCUCUCAGACACAAUUACUGAUUUUAAACAGGAAACAUUUGUGCCCAUACCCACGAAUUUACGAUAUAUUGGAUUACAUCCCAAAUUUGACCUACAUUGUUUUGUCCUAUUUUAUCCUUUAUAAUCUCUUUGCAUAGUCCAUGUAAUUUUUUGUGUGUUCUGCUUUGUUCUUCAAAGCACAGAUUAAACCACACCUCUCUAAACAGAUAAAUUCCAGCAGCAUUGGGUCCUAUAGCAACCCUUCAAUUUCACAGACCAGAGAGCCACAAAAUAAAAUAAAGAUGGUUGAGCAGAGAUUUUAGUCUUGAGUUUUUGCAAUGUCAGAAUGCCAAAAAUAACAAAAAUAGUUAUGCUUGAAUGUAUUAGUUAAAGACGUUGGAGAAAAAUACUUUGUCAAAAGAAAAGGAAAGCCUGAGCUUAUGGCUGAUUUUUGCAGUUAAAAUGUGAGUUGAAAGUUCUAAAAUUUUAAUUUGUGAGUUUUCUGGGCAGCAGAAGCAAAGAAAUCUGUUUUCUGGUUGGUUUCUCUGCACUGGAUAGAAGCUGCCAUGUGUAUUCAGCUCCUUCCCAGCACAAGAGGAUCCAGGCAGGAGGGAGAUCUCCUGAACACCUUCCCCCACCCAAGCCCAUGUUUCUGUCUCCAUGGGCCUCAGGAGCUUUGCUGAUUUACAGAAACAAGACCAAGCCCAAGGAUGGAGGAUCUUCUGCAGAAUACAGUGUGAGCUCUGGCUGGAGACUUUCUGUUGAGUGCUUGUGCCUCCUGUCCCCAGUGGUGGCUGAGACUGCACCAUGGUCCUUGCUUCUCUGGAGCAGACUCUCUGCCCAGCUGUUUACUUUCCCAAAACCUGUUAGUAACACACCACCUUUAGAUCUCAGCCAAGUUUUACUGAAAGUGAGUGAUUUCAAAAAUUUUGAGGGACUAGUCAGGCAAAAAGUGACACACUGCCCAUGCCUCAUUCCAUUCAGGAAUCAGGAUAGAAGUGUUUUAUGGAUGCAAUUUUAUGCUUGCCUGUGCAUAGGUGAGGACUUACAGGAAGAUGAUGAAGGCAAUUCCCAAAGUGACUUUCCAGCAAAUCCCCAGCACCCUGAUAUCUCAUCACUGCUGUGCCUUUAAUCUUCUCACCCGAUCAAUGCCAGGAAAAUUCCAGUCUGUCAUCUUUAUCCAUUUUGUAGUCAGCAAAAUUGUUAAAAUUAUUGAGAUGAAAUAGUCUUGCCUCCUUCUCUCUACAGGAAUAUGAAUAUGGCUUCUCCAAAAGAUAGUAGGGUGACUUUAAAGGAGCUGUGAAUCCAUCUGUAAAUGCAGAGUUGUAUGUGAAGGAAAAUCAAGCUUCUGUGGUUACUCACCUUGUGUAUGGUCUGCUUACUUUGUGAUAUCUGAGGUUUAGAAGUUUUGCAAAGUGACUUGAGCAUGUUCUUCUGUGUGAUCUCUUCUGUGUGAGACCUUUUUGUUUGGUGGAAGUGGUUCAAAUGAGCCAGAAAUCACAGAGGGAUUGACAUGAGGGAGCCUCAGCGAUGCAGAUGGUCAUAGGAGAUUCCCAGUGUGGAGGGAAACUCCUCUUAUUAAUUAAACCUGAUGCUACUGACUCUUCAUUGGGCUAUUCACGUACCAGCUGUGGCUGUAAGCCCUUUUUGUCUGAAUGGGACUGGGCCAUCCUGGUGCUGUGGGUGUUCACAGGCUCAGCUGUCACGUUCACGGGCAGCAGGACUGGUGUUCAGUGCCCUGACACAAGGGUAGGAAGCUAAAAGGAAUAUUGGGAGGUGACACCUCAGUGUCUCAAGGAAUUUAAGCCCAAGUGACUCAGUGAGGGUUUCUGGAAAGGAAUCUCUGGUGGAUGACAAUUCACUUCUCUCUCUCUCUCUCCCCUCUUGUCUUGCCCUCUGUCUUUUCUCACCGUUUGCAAGAGCAGUAGAAGUUUCAGAGUUGAAGUAUAAAGAAGUUUUGGAAGUCAAGCCAAACAUUGAUUAGAAGAGGUGCCAGGGAUGAGAUAACGCUCAGAUUUGGUAUGAGCAGUUCAUCCUCCCCUGAGGCAGUCAGACCGAAUAUUUUGACUUGCUACAAUAAUUUCCUUUGGGCUGAUAACCACUUAUUCGGUACAAAUGGUAGUAACAGGCUCCAUCAGGAGCUGCCCUGAAGGGCUGUUGAUGCAUUUAAUUCCACAAUGAAGAUUGAGUGAGCUAUUAUUUUGAAAGGCGAGCUGGAUCCAGCAUGUAUUUGUAUCAACACGCCAGAGAUGACACAACCAGUGCCUCACCCAGCCCAGCAAAGUGGGUUUUUGCUAAUGUUUUAUUUGGUCUCCAUGUUUGGCUGGGAGACAAGCAACGCUCUUUUGAUGUGUUGUUUCUAUGAACAGUACACUAAAAACAUUCUCUGUGAUAGGGUGACGCUGCUGUGUUCUGCUCACUUGAUUUCCAUGCACCUCCCUUCUGCAUGGGUUCUAGCGGGAUAUCUCACUGUGAGAAUAAGGACCUAGGGCUUCUGGAGUUGCCACAGUGACUGGGACUGCUUGCCCACCAAAUGCAGCUGCCACAUUUUGGAAGCAGUGAGGAGAGCCUGUGGGUGGUCUUGCUGAAGGAGUCCUGGUGGUGCUGUCAGACAAUGCAGCAGCUGGCUCCCACCUGCAUGUGGGCACCUGCAGGUUCCUCAUGACCCCCGUCCUUGGAGAGCCCACAGGCACUCAGGCACCUUUCAGGAUGGAGUGCGAGGAAGGCAGGUUGGCAGCCACAGCACGAGACCUCACAACCACAGCUCACUACCGGUUCCACCACUGGUCCUGAGCAGCAUUAUCUGCAGGACUUCUGGCUCAUUAGGACCAUUAGUGCAAUUAGGGACUCAACACAGCAGACCACUUGAAAAACAUCAGUCCAAAGAGGAUCUCCCUGACAGCUGAUGUGGCUUCUCUCUUACUCCAGCAGAAAAGCUGCAGGAAAACCAGUAAGAAUGUCUGAGGGCAUCCUUUCCUAGAGAAACUUCCUUUUGCUAUGAAAACCCAAGAGUGCUCAGGUGAUGCUGCAGUCUGAUGGCAAAGCAGAGCUUCCAAGGCUCUGUGCUACAGCUGGGCUGUAUGACAGAGCACCCUGGGGCCCAACCACUGUUGUGUCUCCCAGCCCUCACAUCCUGGGGAGACCAUCCAUGCAGGAGGAGCCAGGAUGGUCUCUUAUCUGGAAGCAGAACACAGCUGGAGGAGCUGCUGAUCACACUAAGGGGGUCAUACACGGCCUUGUAUUCCCUGAAAUGUGCUGGUGGGUCAGUGGCAACACACACAGCUCACUGCUGGAGAUGGUGGAUGUCUGCCAUGAGCUGCAUCGUGCUAUCCAUCUCUCUUGGAGAGCAGAGGGCCCAGGAGUGAAUCAGGAGUCAAGUUUCAGCCUCCCUUAUACAUCAUUUUUCUUCUCUCACCCCUGGAAUGGAGCUGGUCAGGGUGUGGAGCAGCUCUGGCACCAUUUCAGCCAAGCUGCAAGCCAGAACUGAGUUAUUUCUUGCUGUGUGCAUUUGGAAGAGGCCCAUUCUCUAUGUUGUCCUGCUAGUAAUCUGCUGAAUCACAGGACAGUCAGUGCAAUGAGAGAAAAAGCACUUGUCAGGGAAAGAGUGAUGGCAUAUGUUAAAGCUGUUAUGAGAAUUUUGCCUCUCUUUAGUUUCUGUUUAAUAAUGUGGGAGAUGAUCAAGAUCCACUUUUAGAUUUCAGUACAGAAUAAUCUAAGACAGCAACUCUUGAUAUCAGUGGGAAAUGAGCCUAUUUAUGCUAGACAGAAUUUGGGCAUGGCAGACCAGAACAGCCAUAUGUUGCAUAGUAUUAUGCCAUGCUCCCCUGUACUUUUCUAGUUAGUUCCUUACAAUUCAAUAUGCUCAAAGUAGAAGCAGGCUGUGCUGUGUUUCAGGAACUUGUGCAAGCAGCAAAUCCUGUUAGGAGAAUAAAGCUGCCUAGCCCGUGGACUGCUAUCAAUCCCUGCACCAUCAAUCCCUGCUCUGCCACAGCAGCUGGGGAAGGUGUGAGGGUGCCAGAAGUGUUUUGGCAAAGGGCAAUGCCAGCAGGGCUCGUGGCCACCGUUCAGUGCUGCAGCCACAGCUCCCGCCGUGGAUGAAUGUUUUAGUGGGAGAUGUGGCUGAAGGAAAUGCACAGCUCCACCGAGCCACCACAUCUCACAGCUUGGUGUGUAAGCUGGAGCUUGGCAGGUUUCCUCUUGUGUUAAUAUGCAGGGCAGUCAGCUAGGGCAGCUGUUUGGCUUCCAGGAAGGGCAGGACAUUCCCCUGUGUCUGGAAUGGCUCCAAGGGCCACAGCUACAUCCAGCUGCUGUUCAGCCCGCAGUGUGUGCAGGGCAUGUACCUUUCAAAAUGCUGUACUGACUCUUCCGUUAGUUGAACACUUGAGAAUCUUCCAGAGCUUUGAGUAUUUUUCUCAUACAAACUUUAUUAAAUUGCACAAAUUCUUCCUGAGACCAUUUGUCCCAUCACAUCCACAGUCUAUUCAACCUACAGUCGGUCACCACAUUCCAGCUUAUGAACCUGGCCAAACAACUACCCCUUGCACUCUGUGUGCACAGUGCUGCAUGGGCUGUCAUCCCCUGCCAAAGGCUGUGAACGAGUCAGAGCUGAAGAGAAACAGAAAAAGUGCUCACUUUAAACAAACAGACAAACCAAAGAAAGGAAGAAUCAGGUCAAGUUUCUACUGCAAAAGCUUGGGCUAUAACUAAAGUGCAGGUAUUGGAAUUUUCUAGACAAUAAACACUCCUACAAAGACUUCUUUUAUUAAAUCUUUAAAAAGCUAAAUUGUGCAAGAACACACCCCCAUUCAAUUAAUAGGAUAUUUAUUUUUCUACAUAAUUUAGUUAAAAGCCUGCAGUGGAGACUAAUUCCUACAGCUGUGUGGAUUGUCAGCAGCCAUGUGCUGCACAGGAGCCAAAUAUUACAGGCUUCUGACAACUUUUUGGACGGCUGCAUCUCCUGUUGCCAUGGAAAUGGACCCGAGCUCACUGAAAGCUGGAAUCUCAUCUACAGCAUUUUGCUUCCUGCAGGACUGAGACUGCAGCCAAAUAUUUCGUCAUUAUGUGGUUAGGUUCAUUGAUUUGGCUGAAGUCUAAAUGAAGUAGAAGAUGGAUGUAAACAGGCUACUUGGAGUUCUGGUGGGGAGAAACCCCUUUCUUUUGGUGCAGAAACAGAGGCAAUGGGCAUUAAGAUGGUCAGCCUGGUGUGAAUGGAAGCUCUCCAUCCACAGUUUAAAGGUGAGACUCUAAAACCAAAUAGGGCAAAUCAUAUUAUCUUAAAAUGUGAUUUCAGUCUAGGCAGAAAUAGUGUAAAGCUACACAACAGAUUUUCCUAAUAGUGAAAUGGCCAGUAAGGAGACAUGAUGCAACUGACUUCAGUGACACGACAAAAUAAGUUUCCAAGGAUUUAUAGCAACCUAAGUAUUACUUCUGGUGAUUUAUAAAGCUGCACACAGAUCUUCCUCCAGAUAGCCAGAGGAAUCAAACAGAGAAGACAGCUGCACUGAUGUAUUACUGUUUGUUUGACCUUGUUCAUCCCAAGAACGGGGCCUUUAGAUCAAAUGUGUUCACAUCAAGGCCAACUCUGCCCUCCCUACAGUUACUUGCCAACUGCAAUAGGGCCUUGGAAAAUUAACAUUUUAACUAUCGGAUUUCAGAAAAUGUAUUUUACUCUUUCUACAGCAGUGCAAAUACAGUCAGUUUUCAAGGAAAAGUACUAUCUACCACCAUUCAAAAAAAAACCAAAACAAAAACAA